AGCGGUUGUGGAGUGCGUCCUCCGUCGCGUGGAUCAAGCGAUGGACGAACAUCAUAUCAUGUUUUGUGCUCUACUCUUUUCCCUGACACCACAUUAUUGGACUUAGCUACUAUACGGCCAUAUUAUUGCUGUCCUCUGCCCGGUCCCCUGAAGAUGGACGGUUUCUUGAAACCAUCCCGCCCCUCCACUAUUGACAAACGCGUACCAUUGCGACGAGAUGAGUCCACGGAAACGAGAUCCAGCUAUGUCUCUACCACGCCUGGAUCAGGAGCAAGUGAAUGGGAGGAGGAGGAACGGGUGCACAGUCCUGUUCAGCAGGGAGAAACUAAGGAGGUUGAACCUAUGAGCCCCAUAGUCGUCGUCUUGUAUGUUGUGGCAUUCUAUCUAGUGUUUCAAAUCUUGACAAGGCCAGAUGAUGUGGAUCUCUUUUCCAAUCCCACGACGACCAUUCCGCAAUCCCAAUCUCCUAUGGAUAUUCCUCGCUAUCACCUUCCUUACCAACUUCCCCAUAUACCCGGUCCCACUACACCUAUAGAGAACGCUUGUAAAGCCUCAUUGUGGCGUGUUAUCCUUGGAUAUAUGGUCUAUCCAAUCUAUCGGGCCGUGACCAUCAUCGCAACCCCUCUUCCUCUGUCACUGAGCGCGCUGUCUCUUCUAACAAAACUUGUCGCGACAUUACUCUGGCCGUUUAUUUCAUUAGCACAAUUACUCUUCCGCUCCUGCGUCACGUAUCCGUGGAACAUUUGCAUACGCGUAUUGGACCUGCUCUAUCCUGUCUUUGUUUUUGUGGGCGGCAUUCUGGGCGUCGGCUGUUUAAUUGGCGGUAUGGCGGGAUGGAUAGGGAGUGUGUGCAUGAACCGCUAUAUUGAAUGGAAAGAAGGGGAUACGAAGCAAGUCAAAACGAGGGCAAAAAAAAUACGGUCGUCGUCCCGAAGAGUCCACCGCAAGAGACAUUCUAGCGAGUCUCCCAAAACGCGGUCGUAUAUUUCGCAAGUCAAACCUUUGGAUAAUCCCGCGGCCCGACAUCCCAGAAAACCUUCUCUUUCGGGAAGCUCCACCGAACGCCCUCAAUCAUCAGAAGAAAUCUUACAUGAUCCUAUAUCACUAUUAUCUGAGAGGAGUAGAGUUAAACCCGCUCGCUGGGAAGAGAAAGGGUUGGGGACAGCCAGGGAGAGGGUCGUUGUGGGAAUACGGAAGAGAGGCAGGCGUGGUUAGUACUUGUGGAUGACAUUACGUUGUAUCGUGUAUCAGUUUUCCACUUGCAAUACACAUGAG